AUGAGAUUCAUCAUCAGAGAUGGCAGAACAGAGGCAUCUGCCUAUGUUGCACAGUACAUUGUUGAUCGUAUCAACGCUUUCGGACCAACCCCAGACCACCCCUUCGUUCUUGGUCUCCCUACUGGUUCCUCCCCUAUUGGCAUAUAUAAGAUUCUCGUCGAAAAGUACAAGGCUGGUGAGAUUUCAUUCAGAAAUGUUGUCACUUUCAAUAUGGAUGAAUACAUUGGUAUUCCACGCAACCAUCCAGAAAGCUAUCAUACAUUCAUGUAUAAGCAUUUCUUCUCCCACGUUGACGUCCUUCCUCAAAAUGUCCACAUUUUAAACGGCAAUGCGGAAAAUCUCGAGGCCGAAUGCGUACAAUAUGAGGAAGCUAUCAAAGCAAAGGGCGGAAUCGAUUUGUUCCUUGGCGGAAUUGGACCAGAUGGACAUAUCGCAUUCAAUGAGCCCGGAUCUUCCCUCGCAUCUCGUACAAGAGUCAAGACUUUGGCGUAUGAUACAAUCAUUGCCAAUUCGCGAUUCUUCGAUAACGAUUUGGAGAAGGUUCCAAAGAUGGCUUUGACCGUGGGUAUUCAAACUAUCUUAGAGGCUAGAGAAGUUGUCAUCAUUAUCACUGGAGCACAUAAAGCUUUGGCUUUGGCAAAAUGUAUUGAAGAAGGUGUAAACCACAUGUGGACCCUCUCUUCCUUACAGAUGCAUCCACAUCCAAUGAUCGUUGCAGAUGAAGAUGCAACACUUGAGCUUCGAGUUAAAACAGUCAGAUACUGGAAAUCAAUUGAGAAAGUCGCCGCCGAUGAGGGUUUCGAACAAAUUCUUCCAUCUGCUGCUCGUACAGGCCCCAAGCGUACUGUCCCUCUCGCACCUAUGGCAGAGAGCUUAAUCAAAGAAACACCUACCAUCAAGUCUCCACAACCUCUCACAAGCACUUUCUUAGCUGCACCAGCUACCGAGUAUCCAAUUCGCAGAAGCAUUACUCCGGAUUUAAUUCCUGACCGCAUGGGAAGCAGAAUUGUAUCGGUUUGA